AUGGACCUGACGGCCGCCUCGUCCUCUGCCGCCUCGACGCCUGCUUCUCAGGCAAAGAAGAAGUCCCGUCGAGGAGCCGACUCGACCAACCAGAAGCGAAGAUGCAUCAGUACCGCCUGCGUUGCUUGUCGGCGACGCAAGUCGAAAUGCGAUGGCGCGCUGCCCAGUUGCGCCGCUUGCGCCAGUGUCUACGGCACUGAGUGCAUCUACAACCCAAACUCAGACCACCGCCGCAAGGGAGUGUAUCGAGAAAAGGUCGACAGCAUGAAGGCCCAGAGCUCGACGCUACAAAUCAUUGUCGAGGCCAUUUUGAAUGCCACCGACGAGGAAGUGCCCGAAGUCGUAAACAAGAUCCGGACCUGCGACAAUCUCGACACAGUGGCUCAGGAGCUCCUCAACAUGGGCUCGGGGAUCAAGGGAGAAGAUUUUGACGACCAGAUAGAUGAUGAGUCCAUGGCUUUCCAGCCCGUGACAGGGGAGCAAGAGCUCGCUGGCAAGAUGGGAGAGCUGCGACUCGAAAAUGGCUCAGUGCGCUUCAUUGGUGGCACCUCUCAUCUCAUCUAUCUGGGAGAUCCUCACCACGAUGGCAUCGAGUAUGAUUCACCUUCUGAGCCCGGAAUAUGCGAGAACCCCAUCACUUCAUGGACUCGGGUAACCACUGAUCCACGCCUCAUCAUGCACCUCAUGAACAUGUACUUUAAUUACCACUAUCCCUACUUUACCACUCUCUCGCGCAAGCUGUUUUGGCGCGACUUCAUGAGGGGCAAGGCGGGCUUGUCGCAAGGCACCGCAUACUGUUCUUCGCUGUUGGUAAACGCAAUGUUGGCGCUGGGUUGCCACUUCACCGAUAUCCCGGGUGCUUUUGGCAUCCCCGGCGACAGCAGGACGAAAGGAGACCAUUUCUUCGCCGAGGCCAAGCGACUGAUUAUCGAGAAUGACGAAUAUGAGAAGCCUCGACUUGUGACGGUGCAAGCCCUAGCACUCAUGUCUGUGAGAGAGGCGGGUUGUGCAAGAGAGGCCAAGGGCUGGGUCUACAGCGGCAUGAGCUUCCGAAUGGCUCUCGACAUCGGCCUCAACCUCGAAGUAGAGGGCUUAGACAAGGAGCACAUGUCGGAAGAAGAAGUAGACGCCCGACGCAUCACGUUUUGGGGGUGCUUCUUAUUUGACAAGACCUGGUCCAACUACCUGGGCCGCUUGCCACAGCUCCCGAGGAAUUCCUUCACCGUUUCUAAAAUCGACGUCUUCCCUGACGAAGAUGCGGCGCUGUGGUCGCCUUUCACUGAUAAGGGCUUCGACGAGUCUCUUGCCCAACCAUCAAGGACACGAGCAGUUGCUCUCCACUUGUCCAAACUCUGUGAAAUCAGCAGUGAUAUACUUGUCUUCUUCUACCACCCAAGCCACAUAAAGAGGGCCAGCAGCAAAUCUCUUGAGCUCAAGAAACUCGGCGAGCUUCACCAACGGCUUGAGGAAUGGCGGAAGAAUCUGCCCAAGGAAUUCGAACCAAAAGAGGGCUUGUUGCCAAACGUGAUAUUGAUGCUCUCAUUCUUCCACCUCCAAUAUAUUCACCUCUUUAGACCUUUCUUGAAAUAUUCUCCAGCCGCAUCGCCUCUGCCAUCUCAUAUAUCACCAAGACGGAUUUGCACCGCAAAUGCAGGUGCCAUUUCAAAGCUGAUGAGGCUAUAUAAGAAAUCCUGGAACCUGCGGCAAAUCUGCAACAUUGCAGUCUACAUGAUACACAGCGCAUGCACGAUUCACCUGCUCAAUCUACCAGAAAAGACGGCAAAGCGAGAUCUGACCCAUGGCCUAAAGCAUCUGGAAGAGAUUGCGGAGGAUUGGCUCUGUGCAAGACGGACGCUAAGUAUCCUCAGCGUUUUGGCUAGAAAGUGGAAGUGCGAAAUGCCAGAAGAUGCCGAAAUUAUCCUCAGACGGACAGACGAGAGAUUUGAAUACUACAGCACAUCUGAAGUCCCCUCGCCUGGAUCGAGCAAC